UUUUGGACAAGCAACAAGCUCCUCAUUUUUUUUGUUGUUCACUUCAGUGUUGCCCUUCAAUCGAGGAGGCCUCAUCAUGGCGCCCGCUUCCUCUCUGCAUCCCCGCUUCUUCUCCUCCUUCCUUGGUGAUCGCUUCGUUUACUCGGCGAGGUCUCUCCGGCAUCCGCUUCUCCGCAACCCCGGCACUCCAUAUCAAAAGUUUCAGACUUCAAGAACAUUCUGUAACUUAGCUGAUCUUCUAUUCAAUAAAAGGAAUCAGGAUAAUUUACCAGAGAGUAAACGUAAGCGUUUGAGACCUGGAAAAGUUUCUCCUCGCCUACAUGUUCCUAGUCAUAUACAAAGGCCUCCCUAUGUUAAUUCUCGUCAGUUACCUGGAAUUUCAAGUGGACCUGAAGUGCAUGAUGAAAGAGGAAUAGAGUGUAUGAGAGCAUCUGGAAGGCUCGCGGCACAUGUGUUGGAGUUUGCUGGAACUCUUGUUAAGGCAGGCACAGCAACGGAUGAAAUUGACCAAGCGGUACACCAGAUGAUCAUUGAUAAUGGAGCUUAUCCUUCACCUCUUGGUUAUGGUGGUUUUCCAAAGAGUGUCUGUACAUCAGUGAAUGAAUGCAUUUGUCAUGGGAUACCAGACUCACGCCUGCUUGAGGAUGGCGAUAUUAUAAAUAUUGAUGUUACUGUCUACUUAAAUGGUUACCAUGGUGAUACAUCUGCAACUUUCCUUUGUGGUGAUGUUGAGGAUGAAGCUAAGAAGCUGGUUGAGGUCACAAGAGAAGCAUUGAACAAGGCAAUAUCUAUAUGUGGACCAGGAGUGGAGUAUAACAAGAUAGGCAAAACAAUACAUGGUCACGCAGACAAAUUUAAGUUUGGUGUAGUUCGGCAGUUUGUUGGGCAUGGAGUAGGACGCGUGUUUCAUGCUGAUCCAGUCAUUCUUCAUUUUAGAAACAACGAACAGGGACGCAUGUUAUUGGGCCAAACAUUUACCAUAGAGCCAAUGCUGACAAUUGGGAGCACAGAUUCUGUGAUAUGGUCUGAUAAUUGGACUGCAGUAACAUCAGAUGGAAGUUUAUCAGCACAAUUUGAGAACACCAUUCUCAUUACUGAAAAUGGGGCAGAAAUAUUAACUAAGUGUUGAAGUCAAGACUCUGCUGCAUGUUUGUGAAUUUGUUGAUCCUCUUUUUUUUUUUUAAAUUAUUCAUUGUGGUGUAAUUUUAAAGAAAUCAUCAUUCUUAAUUUGUAGAGUUUAACUGCUUAAUUAGAUGAUUUUGUUUCAAUUUGUUCAAA